UAUCUUCAGCCACGGACAAUAACUAAUAAAUAAACCCGAUAAUUAGCCAAAAACAAAUCGGAUCAACUGCACCCAAACUUGGAUCCGGCAGUUGCAUCUCUGGGAUAGGGCGCACUUCUUCUUGCCCCCAUGAGCCGAUGCCACGAACUCGAACGAUUCAAAGUUUAAGCGGUCCAAAAAAGAUGGGAGAGAAUUGAAAAACCAACAUUUCUGCUAAAACCCUAAAAAAGUGGGGGUUAAAGAAAAUGGUGUUUCAAUUAGUUUCUUCUUGUCUUCACAAUCACACUCCAACCAUCAGAUUAUCCAAAUCAAAUUCAUUCUGUCAUCACACUGUUUCUCCUUUGUAUUCGAUAAGGAAUAAGAUAUUUGGAAGCAAGGUUGGAUUGAGAAAACAAACACUUCGGUUUCAGAAUGAAUUCAAAUCAAAAUUGGUGGCUGAUAUGAGGAGGAAAUGCAAAUUCUCUUUACUACCGAGCUUGAUGAGAGGAGUAAUUGUAUGCGCUUCUGAUUCUAAUCCUGCGGAAUCCGAUUCUUAUAGACAGGAAAGCACUAGUUUGUGGAUUAAUGGGGGCAAUGGGGUGGAACCAUUUCGUGGGAAAUCGGGUUCCAUUUCAUUUGUUGGGGUGACUCAUCAGUUGGUUGAAGAAAGUAAAUUAGUGUCAGCUCCUUCCGCAGAAGGCAUUGGCUCGUUUCUUUGGGCGUGGGCUCCUGUUGCCCUGAUUUCAUCGGUGGUCCUUCCGCAACUCUUUGUUGGUGCUGCAAUUGAUAGCUUCUUCGGUGAUGAGAUCCUCUCAGAAAUUGUUGCCUCAUUUGCUUCUGAUAUGUUCUUCUAUAUCGGACUUGCAACAUUUCUGUUUGUUACCGACCGCGUUCAGAAGCCGUAUCUUCAGUUUAGCCCAAAAAGAUGGGGCCUCAUCACAGGUCUCAAAGGAUACUUGACAUCUGCAUUCUUCACAAUGGGCUUUAAGGUUUUUGCGCCUCUCGUUGCUAUUUUUGUCACUUGGCCAGUGCUUGGAUUGCCCGCCUUAGUUUCAGUGGCUCCUCUCUUAGUUGGCUACUUGGCUCAAUAUGUAUUUGAGAAACUUCUUGACAAGCAAGGGUCAUCUUGUUGGCCUCUCGUGCCCAUUAUUUUUGAGGUCUAUAGACUAUAUCAGUUGAGCAAAGCUACUCAUUUCAUUGAGAAGUUAAUGUUUGCAAUGAGGGGCGCUACUCUAUCACCAGAAGUGCUAGAAAGAAAUGGUGCCUUGGUUGCAAUGAUAGUGACUUUUCAAAUCCUUGGUGUGAUUUGCCUUUGGUCAUUGCUGACAUUUCUUCAAAGGCUCUUUCCUUCUAGACCUGUAGGAGAGAAGUACUGAUGCUUGUAGAGGAUUCUGUGGAAUACUUGUAAACGUUUUUACUUUGUGUUAGAUCUAUGCUUGUAGAGGAUGCUUUUGAGUUCUUUUGUGGGCAAAAAUUUGCAUAAUCACUAGAAUGUUGAAGGUGUGCUCUUGGUCUUCGAAUAUUGUCCGAUCUGUGAGCUGCAAAAUUAGAGAGGUUGGAGGUACCUUGGACGUUGUGUCAGGGGAGACCCUUCCAAUGUCUAAGUCAGUAUUGUGAUUAAUAUUUGAAUAGACUAGUGUAUAAAGCCAGAAAAAUGAUAAAAAGUGCGUGUGUGGAGUAUGAAGUCAAGGUGCUCAUAGUUGAGGCUCCCCUACCUUUAGGUCUUCAUCCAUCUUUAUAGAGAAAAUGAAGUUACUUAUCAU